CCCACAACCUCUGGAGGCAAGUCGCAUAAUGUCGGGUGCCCCAGGACUAGGCCCGAGAGGCUUGCAAGGCCUCAACAGAAGAGGCAGAAGACAGCUGGUGACUCUGCAUUUAUGGACUCUAGAGGAAUGCAUGUUUAAAGGUUAGACUGAGACCAGGAAGCUCUGGGUUCAAGUGUUUCGCUUGCCCCAACGCACAUGACCAAGAAGGCAAAGCUUGGGUCGUGUGAUUGGGUUGUCUUCUUCAUUCUUUGGACCCCCCCCCCCCCACAGAUGCCUCCUGAAGCGACAGGGUUAGAUUGCAACACAGCAAUGAAAUGUAACAAACCAACAUGCUGACUUGUAAACAAAAAGCAACCAGGAUUAAACAGGAAGCCCCCCUGAACCCAUUUGCUAUUACAAACACACCCUAUCCCAGGUCAGUUCCUCUUAAUGGCGAUUAAUGUGUUUGUGGCUUUGCAGAAUCUUCAGCCCUGGGUUAGAACAACGCACAUCCAUCCGUGAAAUUGGAAUGUGCCCCCUUCACACACCCCAAACCAUCCCACCAAACGUUGAGGACAUCUCCAAUCACCAGAAUAUUCCCCACCCCCCACAUGCAAAGUGGGUCUGAGUCGUGAACGGUUGAGCUUUAAGACCCAUGUAUCUCAACCUUGGCAAUUGGAAGACGCUCCGGAAAGUUCUCAACAGUGUCCAUCUGUCCCUGCUUCAGUGCAAAGCGGUUGAGUUGGGUGGACCAGAUCAAGACCAUGUGGCAGGACGAUUAUUUGGACAGCUUGGACCCUGACUCGGGGCCUCUGGAUGAGAUGGGCCUGUCGACUCAGUUUUUAAAAGUCUCCUUGGCCUUCAACGACACGGAGAAAUGGGACCACUCCUUUGCGGCCAGCGUCAUCGCCAGCGUCCCCACCAUGCUGGAGAUCCUGGAGGACACCGGGUUUUUCUUCCUCUUGGGCAAAUUGUCCACCCUUCUGAAGGGGCUCAAAGCCGCUGGUCUCCUCUCGGAUGUGUGGAAGGCUCCCGAAGGUGCAGCUCUGCAGAGCCUGGCUCCCAUCUUCAGGUUGCUGGUCCAGCUUACGCCGAGGAAGAUCUACCAUAGCUUCUGGUGCCUCCGAGACUUCCUGGAGGACGCGGACGAAGAGGAUUUUGAGGGGCCGGACUGCCUGAGAUAUCUGACUGGCGUCCAGCAAGGCUUGGAGGACCUGGAGCCGCAGAAGACUCUGGAUUGCUUGGCGGACCUCCAUGAUUUCCUCCUCUUCCAGUAUCCGUAUCUGAUGUGGUUAGCUUCUCAUCCCGAAGUUCAAGAGAAGGUGGGCGACCUGAAUCUCUUUCCGACGUUGAUGAUAGCCCGGAAGGUCUUGGGGUUCGGCAUGGAGUAUUUCCACGACUGUCUGGUCGAUCUGCAGGAGGUUCUGGAAGAUCUUAACGAGGUGGAAGCCGUGGUCCACACUCCUGAUGACUUGGACAUGUUCUAGAUCUCCGGGAAAAGACCAGCUUUAAGGGCAGGCCCCUUAUCGCUCACCAUCGCGUACAAAAUUUUAAUGCUCCCAUCUUCCGGGCCUCUGAAGGAACCACCCACCCUUACAACAUCGCCCCCAACCGCACGCUAGGUUAAUUAAUUGUAAUUAAAUUGAUUAAUCUACUGGCACCCUACAGGCAAACGUCAACGGAAAGCGAAUUCUGCAUUUCUCUGCUGACUCUUCAUACCAUCUGCAGCCUGUUUUUAAUCGGGAGUUUAAAUGCCUGGGUCAUUUCUCCUCGGAUCAAACUAGCGUUUCAAUAAAAAAAAUGG